CCAAAAGGUUGGCCAGAUUUGUACUUUUAUACUUAAUCUUAAAUACAUCAAAAAGCCUUAAAUUGGCCGUCCAGACUCCCUUUAAAUACCACACUUGUUGUUCCUCAUAAACCCCCUCUAAAAUCAUCAACUGCCUUCUCUUCUUACACUCUCUGUCUUUCCUACACAACACAGACUCAAAAAUGUGUCAACUAAAUUCUUCCCCUUGUUGCGAAUGUAAGAUAGAUCAAUCUUCUUACCUUAUCAUACCAGAUUGUAAGAACCCCGAACCCGACAUGCUCAGUCCUUUGAUCCCCAACACCCCAACAACAGAUAGUAAGCUGCAACAUCAACAUCAGCCUCACCAAACACAUCUUUCUCUGGCUGUCAAGGAGGCCUUUUCGAUUGCGAACAUAGCGCUUCCCAUGAUUCUCACGGGCCUUCUUUUGUACUCGCGGUCCAUGAUCUCCAUGCUUUUUCUUGGCCAUUUAGGCGAGCUGGCGCUGGCUGGUGGCUCGCUUGCUGUUGGCUUUGCCAACAUUACUGGCUACUCUAUUCUCUCCGGUCUCGCUAUGGGAAUGGAGCCUAUUUGUGGCCAAGCUUUCGGUGCCAAGAAGUACACGCUUCUUGGCCUUUCGUUGCAACGGACAAUUCUUUUGUUACUUGUGACUUCUUUUCCGGUGGCCAUUUUGUGGCUCAACAUGAGGAGAAUUCUCUUGUUCUGCGGUCAAGAUGAAGCUAUAGCGAUGGAAGCUCAAUCAUAUCUUCUGUGGUCUCUUCCGGACCUCUUGGCUCAAUCCUUAUUGCAUCCCUUGAGAAUCUACCUCAGAACACAGUCCAUAACUUUGCCUUUGACAUUUUGUGCCACCCUGUCAAUAAUUCUGCACAUUCCUGUUAACUAUUUUCUUGUUGUGAAACUUGGUCUGGGGACAAAAGGCGUCGCGCUAAGUGGAGUUUGGACUAACUUUAAUCUCGUGGCUUCGUUGAUAAUCUACAUAAUCAUUUCUGGUAUCUACAAGAAAACUUGGGAUGGAUUGUCCAGAGAAUGCCUUAAAGGAUGGAAAUCAUUAUUAAAUUUAGCAAUCCCAAGCUGCAUUUCGGUCUGUCUCGAAUGGUGGUGGUACGAAAUCAUGAUUUUGCUUUGCGGGCUAUUGGUCAAUCCAAGAGCCACCGUGGCAUCCGUGGGAAUUCUGAUUCAAACCACAUCACUUAUCUACAUAUUUCCUUCUUCUCUCAGUUUUAGUGUAUCAACUAGAGUUGGUAACGAAUUAGGCGCCAACCGGCCUGCAAAAGCCAAGCUUGCUGCCAUUGUGGGACUUUCUUGCAGCUUUGUGCUGGGAUUCUCAGCACUUUUCUUUGCAGUUAGUGUGAGGAAUGUUUGGGCUACUAUGUUCACCCAAGAUAAAGAUAUCCUUGCAUUGACUUCCCUUGUUUUGCCGAUAAUCGGGCUGUGUGAGCUUGGAAACUGCCCUCAAACAACAGGCUGUGGAGUGUUGAGAGGAACAGCUAGGCCAAAAAUUGGAGCAAACAUAAACUUAGGUUGCUUCUACUUGGUCGGAAUGCCAGUAGCUGUGGGACUAGGAUUCUACUUAAAACUCGAUUUUCAGGGACUCUGGUUGGGACUAUUAGCUGCACAGGCUUCAUGCGCCGUGACAAUGUUGAUCAUAAUUGCCCGAACCAACUGGGAAGUCCAGGCAGAGAGAGCUAAAGAGCUGACUGCAGGAGCUGCAGUGUUUGUUGAUCAAAUUGUUGAGGAGGAGAAGCCACUCAAAGCUGAAAAUAAAGAUUAUUCUUUAUGUUAGUUAAAUAAUUUAGUUAGUGUAUAAUUAAUUAUUCACCAGUUUAAUUUAUUUAUUUUUCUUGGGGGAGAGAGAGGAGUCUGGAGAUUUAAGGCUAUAGCUAGUUCCAAGGAAUUUUUGUGCUGUUGGCUGAAAUUUAAAUCACUCCUGAAUAUAACAGGAUAGAGCAUGUAGUGAAGGGGACCAGUUUGCAAUUAUAUUGGUGUAAUAUGUAAGUCCAGAGGAAGUAGUAAUUAAUUGAACAGUAUUCCUCAGCA